AUGGAAGAGGACGGAAAGGGAGGAGACGGAGGGGUGGGGGAGGAGGGACGAGCAGAGAGGGGGGAGCAGAGGGGGGGAGCGAGAGAGGGGGGAGCAGAGAGGGGGGAGCAGAGAGGGGGGAGCAGAGAGAGGGGAGCAGAGAGAGGGGGAGCAGAGAGAGGGGAGCAGAGAGGGGGGGAGCAGAGAGAGGGAGAGCGAGAGAGGGGAGCAGUGAGAGGCGGCUCCCCUCCCCUCUCACUCUCCGUCCUCCCUUUCAUGCCCCAACCCCCCCCCAACCCGCGUCACCACCAUCAGCAGCGAGCAUCGUUCCGGCCACCACAAUUGACGGCGCUUCAAGCAGCACAGCAACACGACAUGCCUCUCGCUCCCCACGCUUCAAGCAGCACAGCAACACGACAUGCCUCUCGCUCCCCACGCUUCAAGCAGCACAGCAACACGACAUGCCUUCUCUUCCCCACGCUUCAAGCAGCACAGCAACACGACAUGCCUCUCGCUCCCCACGCUUCAAGCAGCACAGCAACACGACAUGCCUCUCGCUCCCCACGCUUCAAGCAGCACAGCAACACGACAUGCCUCUCGUUCCCACGCUUCAAGCAGCACAGCAACACGACAUGCCUCUCGCUCCCCACGCUUCAAGCAGCACAGCAACACGACAUGCCUCUCGCUCCCCACGCUUCAAGCAGCACAGCAACACGACAUGCCUCUCGCUCCCCACGCUUCAAGCAGCACAGCAACACGACAUGCCUCUCGCUCCCCACGCUUCAAGCAGCACAGCAACACGACAUGCCUCUCGCUCCCCACGCUUCAAGCAGCACAGCAACACGACAUGCCUCUCGCUCCCCACGCUUCAAGCAGCACAGCAACACGACAUGCCUCUCGCUCCCCACGCUUCAAGCAGCACAGCAACACGACAUGCCUCUCGCUCCCCACGCUUCAAGCAGCACAGCAACACGACAUGCCUCUCGCUCCCCACGCUUCAAGCAGCACAGCAACACGACAUGCCUCUCGCUCCCCACGCUUCAAGCAGCACAGCAACACGACAUGCCUCUCGCUCCCCACGCUUCAAGCAGCACAGCAACACGACAUGCCUCUCGCUCCCCACGCUUCAAGCAGCACAGCAACAGCAACACGACAUGCCUCUCGUCCCCACGCUUCAGCAGCACAAGCAACACGACAUGCCUCUCGUUCCCCCCACGCUUCAAGCAGCACAGCAACACGACAUGCCUCUCGUUCCCACGCUUCAAGCAGCACAGCAACACGACAUGCCUCUCGCUCCCCACGCUUCAAGCAGCACAGCAACACGACAUGCCUCUCGCUCCCCACGCUUCAAGCAGCACAGCAACACGACAUGCCUCUCGCUCCCCACGCUUCAAGCAGCACAGCAACACGACAUGCCUCUCGCUCCCCACGCUUCAAGCAGCACAGCAACACGACAUGCCUCUCGCUCCCCACGCUUCAAGCAGCACAGCAACACGACAUGCCUCUCGCUCCCCACGCUUCAAGCAGCACAGCAACACGACAUGCCUCUCGCUCCCCACGCUUCAAGCAGCACAGCAACACGACAUGCCUCUCGCUCCCCACGCUUCAAGCAGCACAGCAACACGACAUGCCUCUCGCUCCCCACGCUUCAAGCAGCACAGCAACACGACAUGCCUCUCGCUCCCCACGCUUCAAGCAGCACAGCAACACGACAUGCCUCUCGCUCCCCACGCUUCAAGCAGCACAGCAACACGACAUGCCUCUCGCUCCCCACGCUUCAAGCAGCACAGCAACACGACAUGCCUCUCGCUCCCCACGCUUCAAGCAGCACAGCAACACGACAUGCCUCUCGCUCCCCACGCUUCAAGCAGCACAGCAACACGACAUGCCUCUCGCUCCCCACGCUUCAAGCAGCACAGCAACACGACAUGCCUCUCGCUCCCCACGCUUCAAGCAGCACAGCAACACGACAUGCCUCUCGCUCCCCACGCUUCAAGCAGCACAGCAACACGACAUGCCUCUCGCUCCCCACGCUUCAAGCAGCACAGCAACACGACAUGCCUCUCGCUCCCCACGCUUCAAGCAGCACAGCAACACGACAUGCCUCUCGCUCCCCACGCUUCAAGCAGCACAGCAACACGACAUGCCUCUCGCUCCCCACGCUUCAAGCAGCACAGCAACACGACAUGCCUCUCGCUCCCCACGCUUCAAGCAGCACAGCAACACGACAUGCCUCUCGCUCCCCACGCUUCAAGCAGCACAGCAACACGACAUGCCUCUCGUUUCCCCACGCUUCAAGCAGCAGCAGCACACGACAUGCCUCUCGUUUCCCACGCUUCAAGCAGCACAGCAAAACGACAUGCCUCCGUUCCCACGCUUCAAGCAGCACAGCAACACGACAUGCCUCUCGCUCCCCACGCUUCAAGCAGCACAGCAACACGACAUGCCUCUCGCUCCCCACGCUUCACAGCACACAGCAACACGACAUGCCUCUCGCUCCCCCAGCUUCAAGCAGCACAGCAACACGACAUGCCUCUCGCUCCCCACGCUUCAAGCAGCACAGCAACACGACAUGCCUCUCGCUCCCCACGCUUCAAGCAGCACAGCAACACGACAUGCCUCUCGCUCCCCACGCUUCAAGCAGCACAGCAACACGACAUGCCUCUCGCUCCCCACGCUUCAAGCAGCACAGCAACACGACAUGCCUCUCGCUCCCCACGCUUCAAGCAGCACAGCAACACGACAUGCCUCUCGCUCCCCACGCUUCAAGCAGCACAGCAACACGACAUGCCUCUCGCUCCCCACGCUUCAAGCAGCACAGCAACACGACAUGCCUCUCGCUCCCCACGCUUCAAGCAGCACAGCAACACGACAUGCCUCUCGCUCCCCACGCUUCAAGCAGCACAGCAACACGACAUGCCUCUCGCUCCCCACGCUUCAAGCAGCACAGCAACACGACAUGCCUCUCGCUCCCCACGCUUCAAGCAGCACAGCAACACGACAUGCCUCUCGCUCCCCACGCUUCAAGCAGCACAGCAACACGACAUGCCUCUCGCUCCCCACGCUUCAAGCAGCACAGCAACACGACAUGCCUCUCGCUCCCCACGCUUCAAGCAGCACAGCAACACGACAUGCCUCUCGCUCCCCACGCUUCAAGCAGCACAGCAACACGACAUGCCUCUCGUUUCCCCACGCUUCAAGCAGCACAGCAACACGACAUGCCUCUCGCUCCCCACGCUUCAAGCAGCACAGCAACACGACAUGCCUCUCGCUCCCCACGCUUCAAGCAGCACAGCAACACGACAUGCCUCUCGCUCCCCACGCUUCAAGCAGCACAGCAACACGACAUGCCUCUCGCUCCCCACGCUUCAAGCAGCACAGCAACACGACAUGCCUCUCGCUCCCCACGCUUCAAGCAGCACAGCAACACGACAUGCCUCUCGCUCCCCACGCUUCAAGCAGCACAGCAACACGACAUGCCUCUCGCUCCCCACGCUUCAAGCAGCACAGCAACACGACAUGCCUCUCGCUCCCCACGCUUCAAGCAGCACAGCAACACGACAUGCCUCUCGCUCCCCACGCUUCAAGCAGCACAGCAACACGACAUGCCUCUCGCUCCCCACGCUUCAAGCAGCACAGCAACACGACAUGCCUCUCGCUCCCCACGCUUCAAGCAGCACAGCAACACGACAUGCCUCUCGCUCCCCACGCUUCAAGCAGCACAGCAACACGACAUGCCUCUCGCUCCCCACGCUUCAAGCAGCACAGCAACACGACAUGCCUCUCGCUCCCCACGCUUCAAGCAGCACAGCAACACGACAUGCCUCUCGCUCCCCACGCUUCAAGCAGCACAGCAACACGACAUGCCUCUCGCUCCCCACGCUUCAAGCAGCACAGCAACACGACAUGCCUCUCGUUCCCCCACGCUUCAAGCAGCACAGCAACACGACAUGCCUCUCGCUCCCCACGCUUCAAGCAGCACAGCAACACGACAUGCCUCUCGCUCCCCACGCUUCAAGCAGCACAGCAACACGACAUGCCUCUCGCUCCCCACGCUUCAAGCAGCACAGCAACACGACAUGCCUCUCGCUCCCCACGCUUCAAGCAGCACAGCAACACGACAUGCCUCUCGCUCCCCACGCUUCAAGCAGCACAGCAACACGACAUGCCUCUCGCUCCCCACGCUUCAAGCAGCACAGCAACACGACAUGCCUCUCGCUCCCCACGCUUCAAGCAGCACAGCAACACGACAUGCCUCUCGCUCCCCACGCUUCAAGCAGCACAGCAACACGACAUGCCUCUCGCUCCCCACGCUUCAAGCAGCACAGCAACACGACAUGCCUCUCGCUCCCCACGCUUCAAGCAGCACAGCAACACGACAUGCCUCUCGCUCCCCACGCUUCAAGCAGCACAGCAACACGACAUGCCUCUCGCUCCCCACGCUUCAAGCAGCACAGCAACACGACAUGCCUCUCGCUCCCCACGCUUCAAGCAGCACAGCAACACGACAUGCCUCUCGCUCCCCACGCUUCAAGCAGCACAGCAACACGACAUGCCUCUCGCUCCCCACGCUUCAAGCAGCACAGCAACACGACAUGCCUCUCGCUCCCCACGCUUCAAGCAGCACAGCAACACGACAUGCCUCUCGCUCCCCACGCUUCAAGCAGCACAGCAACACGACAUGCCUCUCGCUCCCCACGCUUCAAGCAGCACAGCAACACGACAUGCCUCUCGCUCCCCACGCUUCAAGCAGCACAGCAACACGACAUGCCUCUCGCUCCCCACGCUUCAAGCAGCACAGCAACACGACAUGCCUCUCGCUCCCCACGCUUCAAGCAGCACAGCAACACGACAUGCCUCUCGCUCCCCACGCUUCAAGCAGCACAGCAACACGACAUGCCUCUCGCUCCCCACGCUUCAAGCAGCACAGCAACACGACAUGCCUCUCGCUCCCCACGCUUCAAGCAGCACAGCAACACGACAUGCCUCUCGCUCCCCACGCUUCAAGCAGCACAGCAACACGACAUGCCUCUCGCUCCCCACGCUUCAAGCAGCACAGCAACACGACAUGCCUCUCGUUCCCACGCUUCAAGCAGCACAGCAACACGACAUGCCUCUCGCUCCCCACGCUUCAAGCAGCACAGCAACACGACAUGCCUCUCGCUCCCCACGCUUCAAGCAGCACAGCAACACGACAUGCCUCUCGCUCCCCACGCUUCAAGCAGCACAGCAACACGACAUGCCUCUCGCUCCCCACGCUUCAAGCAGCACAGCAACACGACAUGCCUCUCGCUCCCCACGCUUCAAGCAGCACAGCAACACGACAUGCCUCUCGUUCCCACGCUUCAAGCAGCACAGCAACACGACAUGCCUCUCGCUCCCCACGCUUCAAGCAGCACAGCAACACGACAUGCCUCUCGCUCCCCACGCUUCAAGCAGCACAGCAACACGACAUGCCUCUCGCUCCCCACGCUUCAAGCAGCACAGCAACACGACAUGCCUCUCGCUCCCCACGCUUCAAGCAGCACAGCAACACGACAUGCCUCUCGCUCCCCACGCUUCAAGCAGCACAGCAACACGACAUGCCUCUCGCUCCCCACGCUUCAAGCAGCACAGCAACACGACAUGCCUCUCGCUCCCCACGCUUCAAGCAGCACAGCAACACGACAUGCCUCUCGCUCCCCACGCUUCAAGCAGCACAGCAACACGACAUGCCUCUCGCUCCCCACGCUUCAAGCAGCACAGCAACACGACAUGCCUCUCGCUCCCCACGCUUCAAGCAGCACAGCAACACGACAUGCCUCUCGCUCCCCACGCUUCAAGCAGCACAGCAACACGACAUGCCUCUCGCUCCCCACGCUUCAAGCAGCACAGCAACACGACAUGCCUCUCGCUCCCCACGCUUCAAGCAGCACAGCAACACGACAUGCCUCUCGCUCCCCACGCUUCAAGCAGCACAGCAACACGACAUGCCUCUCGCUCCCCACGCUUCAAGCAGCACAGCAACACGACAUGCCUCUCGCUCCCCACGCUUCAAGCAGCACAGCAACACGACAUGCCUCUCGCUCCCCACGCUUCAAGCAGCACAGCAACACGACAUGCCUCUCGCUCCCCACGCUUCAAGCAGCACAGCAACACGACAUGCCUCUCGCUCCCCACGCUUCAAGCAGCACAGCAACACGACAUGCCUCUCGCUCCCCACGCUUCAAGCAGCACAGCAACACGACAUGCCUCUCGCUCCCCACGCUUCAAGCAGCACAGCAACACGACAUGCCUCUCGCUCCCCACGCUUCAAGCAGCACAGCAACACGACAUGCCUCUCGCUCCCCACGCUUCAAGCAGCACAGCAACACGACAUGCCUCUCGCUCCCCACGCUUCAAGCAGCACAGCAACACGACAUGCCUCUCGCUCCCCACGCUUCAAGCAGCACAGCAACACGACAUGCCUCUCGCUCCCCACGCUUCAAGCAGCACAGCAACACGACAUGCCUCUCGCUCCCCACGCUUCAAGCAGCACAGCAACACGACAUGCCUCUCGCUCCCCACGCUUCAAGCAGCACAGCAACACGACAUGCCUCUCGCUCCCCACGCUUCAAGCAGCACAGCAACACGACAUGCCUCUCGCUCCCCACGCUUCAAGCAGCACAGCAACACGACAUGCCUCUCGCUCCCCACGCUUCAAGCAGCACAGCAACACGACAUGCCUCUCGCUCCCCACGCUUCAAGCAGCACAGCAACACGACAUGCCUCUCGCUCCCCACGCUUCAAGCAGCACAGCAACACGACAUGCCUCUCGCUCCCCACGCUUCAAGCAGCACAGCAACACGACAUGCCUCUCGCUCCCCACGCUUCAAGCAGCACAGCAACACGACAUGCCUCUCGCUCCCCACGCUUCAAGCAGCACAGCAACACGACAUGCCUCUCGCUCCCCACGCUUCAAGCAGCACAGCAACACGACAUGCCUCUCGCUCCCCACGCUUCAAGCAGCACAGCAACACGACAUGCCUCUCGCUCCCCACGCUUCAAGCAGCACAGCAACACGACAUGCCUCUCGCUCCCCACGCUUCAAGCAGCACAGCAACACGACAUGCCUCUCGCUCCCCACGCUUCAAGCAGCACAGCAACACGACAUGCCUCUCGCUCCCCACGCUUCAAGCAGCACAGCAACACGACAUGCCUCUCGCUCCCCACGCUUCAAGCAGCACAGCAACACGACAUGCCUCUCGCUCCCCACGCUUCAAGCAGCACAGCAACACGACAUGCCUCUCGCUCCCCACGCUUCAAGCAGCACAGCAACACGACAUGCCUCUCGCUCCCCACGCUUCAAGCAGCACAGCAACACGACAUGCCUCUCGCUCCCCACGCUUCAAGCAGCACAGCAACACGACAUGCCUCUCGCUCCCCACGCUUCAAGCAGCACAGCAACACGACAUGCCUCUCGCUCCCCACGCUUCAAGCAGCACAGCAACACGACAUGCCUCUCGCUCCCCACGCUUCAAGCAGCACAGCAACACGACAUGCCUCUCGCUCCCCACGCUUCAAGCAGCACAGCAACACGACAUGCCUCUCGCUCCCCACGCUUCAAGCAGCACAGCAACACGACAUGCCUCUCGCUCCCCACGCUUCAAGCAGCACAGCAACACGACAUGCCUCUCGCUCCCCACGCUUCAAGCAGCACAGCAACACGACAUGCCUCUCGCUCCCCACGCUUCAAGCAGCACAGCAACACGACAUGCCUCUCGCUCCCCACGCUUCAAGCAGCACAGCAACACGACAUGCCUCUCGCUCCCCACGCUUCAAGCAGCACAGCAACACGACAUGCCUCUCGCUCCCCACGCUUCAAGCAGCACAGCAACACGACAUGCCUCUCGCUCCCCACGCUUCAAGCAGCACAGCAACACGACAUGCCUCUCGCUCCCCACGCUUCAAGCAGCACAGCAACACGACAUGCCUCUCGCUCCCCACGCUUCAAGCAGCACAGCAACACGACAUGCCUCUCGCUCCCCACGCUUCAAGCAGCACAGCAACACGACAUGCCUCUCGCUCCCCACGCUUCAAGCAGCACAGCAACACGACAUGCCUCUCGCUCCCCACGCUUCAAGCAGCACAGCAACACGACAUGCCUCUCGCUCCCCACGCUUCAAGCAGCACAGCAACACGACAUGCCUCUCGCUCCCCACGCUUCAAGCAGCACAGCAACACGACAUGCCUCUCGCUCCCCACGCUUCAAGCAGCACAGCAACACGACAUGCCUCUCGCUCCCCACGCUUCAAGCAGCACAGCAACACGACAUGCCUCUCGCUCCCCACGCUUCAAGCAGCACAGCAACACGACAUGCCUCUCGCUCCCCACGCUUCAAGCAGCACAGCAACACGACAUGCCUCUCGCUCCCCACGCUUCAAGCAGCACAGCAACACGACAUGCCUCUCGCUCCCCACGCUUCAAGCAGCACAGCAACACGACAUGCCUCUCGCUCCCCACGCUUCAAGCAGCACAGCAACACGACAUGCCUCUCGCUCCCCACGCUUCAAGCAGCACAGCAACACGACAUGCCUCUCGCUCCCCACGCUUCAAGCAGCACAGCAACACGACAUGCCUCUCGCUCCCCACGCUUCAAGCAGCACAGCAACACGACAUGCCUCUCGCUCCCCACGCUUCAAGCAGCACAGCAACACGACAUGCCUCUCGCUCCCCACGCUUCAAGCAGCACAGCAACACGACAUGCCUCUCGCUCCCCACGCUUCAAGCAGCACAGCAACACGACAUGCCUCUCGCUCCCCACGCUUCAAGCAGCACAGCAACACGACAUGCCUCUCGCUCCCCACGCUUCAAGCAGCACAGCAACACGACAUGCCUCUCGCUCCCCACGCUUCAAGCAGCACAGCAACACGACAUGCCUCUCGCUCCCCACGCUUCAAGCAGCACAGCAACACGACAUGCCUCUCGCUCCCCACGCUUCAAGCAGCACAGCAACACGACAUGCCUCUCGCUCCCCACGCUUCAAGCAGCACAGCAACACGACAUGCCUCUCGCUCCCCACGCUUCAAGCAGCACAGCAACACGACAUGCCUCUCGCUCCCCACGCUUCAAGCAGCACAGCAACACGACAUGCCUCUCGCUCCCCACGCUUCAAGCAGCACAGCAACACGACAUGCCUCUCGCUCCCCACGCUUCAAGCAGCACAGCAACACGACAUGCCUCUCGCUCCCCACGCUUCAAGCAGCACAGCAACACGACAUGCCUCUCGCUCCCCACGCUUCAAGCAGCACAGCAACACGACAUGCCUCUCGCUCCCCACGCUUCAAGCAGCACAGCAACACGACAUGCCUCUCGCUCCCCACGCUUCAAGCAGCACAGCAACACGACAUGCCUCUCGCUCCCCACGCUUCAAGCAGCACAGCAACACGACAUGCCUCUCGCUCCCCACGCUUCAAGCAGCACAGCAACACGACAUGCCUCUCGCUCCCCACGCUUCAAGCAGCACAGCAACACGACAUGCCUCUCGCUCCCCACGCUUCAAGCAGCACAGCAACACGACAUGCCUCUCGUUCCCCCACGCUUCAAGCAGCACAGCAACACGACAUGCCUCUCGCUCCCCACGCUUCAAGCAGCACAGCAACACGACAUGCCUCUCGCUCCCCACGCUUCAAGCAGCACAGCAACACGACAUGCCUCUCGCUCCCCACGCUUCAAGCAGCACAGCAACACGACAUGCCUCUCGCUCCCCACGCUUCAAGCAGCACAGCAACACGACAUGCCUCUCGCUCCCCACGCUUCAAGCAGCACAGCAACACGACAUGCCUCUCGCUCCCCACGCUUCAAGCAGCACAGCAACACGACAUGCCUCUCGCUCCCCACGCUUCAAGCAGCACAGCAACACGACAUGCCUCUCGCUCCCCACGCUUCAAGCAGCACAGCAACACGACAUGCCUCUCGCUCCCCACGCUUCAAGCAGCACAGCAACACGACAUGCCUCUCGUUCCCACGCUUCAAGCAGCACAGCAACACGACAUGCCUCUCGCUCCCCACGCUUCAAGCAGCACAGCAACACGACAUGCCUCUCGCUCCCCACGCUUCAAGCAGCACAGCAACACGACAUGCCUCUCGCUCCCCACGCUUCAAGCAGCACAGCAACACGACAUGCCUCUCGCUCCCCACGCUUCAAGCAGCACAGCAACACGACAUGCCUCUCGCUCCCCACGCUUCAAGCAGCACAGCAACACGACAUGCCUCUCGCUCCCCACGCUUCAAGCAGCACAGCAACACGACAUGCCUCUCGCUCCCCACGCUUCAAGCAGCACAGCAACACGACAUGCCUCUCGCUCCCCACGCUUCAAGCAGCACAGCAACACGACAUGCCUCUCGCUCCCCACGCUUCAAGCAGCACAGCAACACGACAUGCCUCUCGCUCCCCACGCUUCAAGCAGCACAGCAACACGACAUGCCUCUCGCUCCCCACGCUUCAAGCAGCACAGCAACACGACAUGCCUCUCGCUCCCCACGCUUCAAGCAGCACAGCAACACGACAUGCCUCUCGCUCCCCACGCUUCAAGCAGCACAGCAACACGACAUGCCUCUCGCUCCCCACGCUUCAAGCAGCACAGCAACACGACAUGCCUCUCGCUCCCCACGCUUCAAGCAGCACAGCAACACGACAUGCCUCUCGCUCCCCACGCUUCAAGCAGCACAGCAACACGACAUGCCUCUCGCUCCCCACGCUUCAAGCAGCACAGCAACACGACAUGCCUCUCGCUCCCCACGCUUCAAGCAGCACAGCAACACGACAUGCCUCUCGCUCCCCACGCUUCAAGCAGCACAGCAACACGACAUGCCUCUCGCUCCCCACGCUUCAAGCAGCACAGCAACACGACAUGCCUCUCGCUCCCCACGCUUCAAGCAGCACAGCAACACGACAUGCCUCUCGCUCCCCACGCUUCAAGCAGCACAGCAACACGACAUGCCUCUCGCUCCCCACGCUUCAAGCAGCACAGCAACACGACAUGCCUCUCGCUCCCCACGCUUCAAGCAGCACAGCAACACGACAUGCCUCUCGCUCCCCACGCUUCAAGCAGCACAGCAACACGACAUGCCUCUCGCUCCCCACGCUUCAAGCAGCACAGCAACACGACAUGCCUCUCGCUCCCCACGCUUCAAGCAGCACAGCAACACGACAUGCCUCUCGCUCCCCACGCUUCAAGCACACAGCAACACGACACCACGCUCCCCACGCUUCAAGCAGCACAGCAACAACACGACAUGCUCUCCACAGCAACACGACAUGCCUCUCGCUCCCCACGCUUCAAGCAGCACAGCAACACGACAUGCCUCUCGCUCCCCACGCUUCAAGCAGCACAGCAACACGACAUGCCUCUCGCUCCCCACGCUUCAAGCAGCACAGCAACACGACAUGCCUCUCGCUCCCCACGCUUCAAGCAGCACAGCAACACGACAUGCCUCUCGCUCCCCACGCUUCAAGCAGCACAGCAACACGACAUGCCUCUCGCUCCCCACGCUUCAAGCAGCACAGCAACACGACAUGCCUCUCGCUCCCCACGCUUCAAGCAGCACAGCAACACGACAUGCCUCUCGCUCCCCACGCUUCAAGCAGCACAGCAACACGACAUGCCUCUCGCUCCCCACGCUUCAAGCAGCACAGCAACACGACAUGCCUCUCGCUCCCCACGCUUCAAGCAGCACAGCAACACGACAUGCCUCUCGCUCCCCACGCUUCAAGCAGCACAGCAACACGACAUGCCUCUCGCUCCCCACGCUUCAAGCAGCACAGCAACACGACAUGCCUCUCGCUCCCCACGCUUCAAGCAGCACAGCAACACGACAUGCCUCUCGCUCCCCACGCUUCAAGCAGCACAGCAACACGACAUGCCUCUCGCUCCCCACGCUUCAAGCAGCACAGCAACACGACAUGCCUCUCGCUCCCCACGCUUCAAGCAGCACAGCAACACGACAUGCCUCUCGCUCCCCACGCUUCAAGCAGCACAGCAACACGACAUGCCUCUCGCUCCCCACGCUUCAAGCAGCACAGCAACACGACAUGCCUCUCGCUCCCCACGCUUCAAGCAGCACAGCAACACGACAUGCCUCUCGCUCCCCACGCUUCAAGCAGCACAGCAACACGACAUGCCUCUCGCUCCCCACGCUUCAAGCAGCACAGCAACACGACAUGCCUCUCGCUCCCCACGCUUCAAGCAGCACAGCAACACGACAUGCCUCUCGCUCCCCACGCUUCAAGCAGCACAGCAACACGACAUGCCUCUCGCUCCCCACGCUUCAAGCAGCACAGCAACACGACAUGCCUCUCGCUCCCCACGCUUCAAGCAGCACAGCAACACGACAUGCCUCUCGCUCCCCACGCUUCAAGCAGCACAGCAACACGACAUGCCUCUCGCUCCCCACGCUUCAAGCAGCACAGCAACACGACAUGCCUCUCGCUCCCCACGCUUCAAGCAGCACAGCAACACGACAUGCCUCUCGCUCCCCACGCUUCAAGCAGCACAGCAACACGACAUGCCUCUCGCUCCCCACGCUUCAAGCAGCACAGCAACACGACAUGCCUCUCGCUCCCCACGCUUCAAGCAGCACAGCAACACGACAUGCCUCUCGCUCCCCACGCUUCAAGCAGCACAGCAACACGACAUGCCUCUCGCUCCCCACGCUUCAAGCAGCACAGCAACACGACAUGCCUCUCGCUCCCCACGCUUCAAGCAGCACAGCAACACGACAUGCCUCUCGCUCCCCACGCUUCAAGCAGCACAGCAACACGACAUGCCUCUCGCUCCCCACGCUUCAAGCAGCACAGCAACACGACAUGCCUCUCGCUCCCCACGCUUCAAGCAGCACAGCAACACGACAUGCCUCUCGCUCCCCACGCUUCAAGCAGCACAGCAACACGACAUGCCUCUCGCUCCCCACGCUUCAAGCAGCACAGCAACACGACAUGCCUCUCGCUCCCCACGCUUCAAGCAGCACAGCAACACGACAUGCCUCUCGCUCCCCACGCUUCAAGCAGCACAGCAACACGACAUGCCUCUCGCUCCCCACGCUUCAAGCAGCACAGCAACACGACAUGCCUCUCGCUCCCCACGCUUCAAGCAGCACAGCAACACGACAUGCCUCUCGCUCCCCACGCUUCAAGCAGCACAGCAACACGACAUGCCUCUCGCUCCCCACGCUUCAAGCAGCACAGCAACACGACAUGCCUCUCGCUCCCCACGCUUCAAGCAGCACAGCAACACGACAUGCCUCUCGCUCCCCACGCUUCAAGCAGCACAGCAACACGACAUGCCUCUCGCUCCCCACGCUUCAAGCAGCACAGCAACACGACAUGCCUCUCGCUCCCCACGCUUCAAGCAGCACAGCAACACGACAUGCCUCUCGCUCCCCACGCUUCAAGCAGCACAGCAACACGACAUGCCUCUCGCUCCCCACGCUUCAAGCAGCACAGCAACACGACAUGCCUCUCGCUCCCCACGCUUCAAGCAGCACAGCAACACGACAUGCCUCUCGCUCCCCACGCUUCAAGCAGCACAGCAACACGACAUGCCUCUCGCUCCCCACGCUUCAAGCAGCACAGCAACACGACAUGCCUCUCGCUCCCCACGCUUCAAGCAGCACAGCAACACGACAUGCCUCUCGCUCCCCACGCUUCAAGCAGCACAGCAACACGACAUGCCUCUCGCUCCCCACGCUUCAAGCAGCACAGCAACACGACAUGCCUCUCGCUCCCCACGCUUCAAGCAGCACAGCAACACGACAUGCCUCUCGCUCCCCACGCUUCAAGCAGCACAGCAACACGACAUGCCUCUCGCUCCCCACGCUUCAAGCAGCACAGCAACACGACAUGCCUCUCGCUCCCCACGCUUCAAGCAGCACAGCAACACGACAUGCCUCUCGCUCCCCACGCUUCAAGCAGCACAGCAACACGACAUGCCUCUCGCUCCCCACGCUUCAAGCAGCACAGCAACACGACAUGCCUCUCGCUCCCCACGCUUCAAGCAGCACAGCAACACGACAUGCCUCUCGCUCCCCACGCUUCAAGCAGCACAGCAACACGACAUGCCUCUCGCUCCCCACGCUUCAAGCAGCACAGCAACACGACAUGCCUCUCGCUCCCCACGCUUCAAGCAGCACAGCAACACGACAUGCCUCUCGCUCCCCACGCUUCAAGCAGCACAGCAACACGACAUGCCUCUCGCUCCCCACGCUUCAAGCAGCACAGCAACACGACAUGCCUCUCGCUCCCCACGCUUCAAGCAGCACAGCAACACGACAUGCCUCUCGCUCCCCACGCUUCAAGCAGCACAGCAACACGACAUGCCUCUCGCUCCCCACGCUUCAAGCAGCACAGCAACACGACAUGCCUCUCGCUCCCCACGCUUCAAGCAGCACAGCAACACGACAUGCCUCUCGCUCCCCACGCUUCAAGCAGCACAGCAACACGACAUGCCUCUCGCUCCCCACGCUUCAAGCAGCACAGCAACACGACAUGCCUCUCGCUCCCCACGCUUCAAGCAGCACAGCAACACGACAUGCCUCUCGCUCCCCACGCUUCAAGCAGCACAGCAACACGACAUGCCUCUCGCUCCCCACGCUUCAAGCAGCACAGCAACACGACAUGCCUCUCGCUCCCCACGCUUCAAGCAGCACAGCAACACGACAUGCCUCUCGCUCCCCACGCUUCAAGCAGCACAGCAACACGACAUGCCUCUCGCUCCCCACGCUUCAAGCAGCACAGCAACACGACAUGCCUCUCGCUCCCCACGCUUCAAGCAGCACAGCAACACGACAUGCCUCUCGCUCCCCACGCUUCAAGCAGCACAGCAACACGACAUGCCUCUCGCUCCCCACGCUUCAAGCAGCACAGCAACACGACAUGCCUCUCGCUCCCCACGCUUCAAGCAGCACAGCAACACGACAUGCCUCUCGCUCCCCACGCUUCAAGCAGCACAGCAACACGACAUGCCUCUCGCUCCCCACGCUUCAAGCAGCACAGCAACACGACAUGCCUCUCGCUCCCCACGCUUCAAGCAGCACAGCAACACGACAUGCCUCUCGCUCCCCACGCUUCAAGCAGCACAGCAACACGACAUGCCUCUCGCUCCCCACGCUUCAAGCAGCACAGCAACACGACAUGCCUCUCGCUCCCCACGCUUCAAGCAGCACAGCAACACGACAUGCCUCUCGCUCCCCACGCUUCAAGCAGCACAGCAACACGACAUGCCUCUCGCUCCCCACGCUUCAAGCAGCACAGCAACACGACAUGCCUCUCGCUCCCCACGCUUCAAGCAGCACAGCAACACGACAUGCCUCUCGCUCCCCACGCUUCAAGCAGCACAGCAACACGACAUGCCUCUCGCUCCCCACGCUUCAAGCAGCACAGCAACACGACAUGCCUCUCGCUCCCCACGCUUCAAGCAGCACAGCAACACGACAUGCCUCUCGCUCCCCACGCUUCAAGCAGCACAGCAACACGACAUGCCUCUCGCUCCCCACGCUUCAAGCAGCACAGCAACACGACAUGCCUCUCGCUCCCCACGCUUCAAGCAGCACAGCAACACGACAUGCCUCUCGCUCCCCACGCUUCAAGCAGCACAGCAACACGACAUGCCUCUCGCUCCCCACGCUUCAAGCAGCACAGCAACACGACAUGCCUCUCGCUCCCCACGCUUCAAGCAGCACAGCAACACGACAUGCCUCUCGCUCCCCACGCUUCAAGCAGCACAGCAACACGACAUGCCUCUCGCUCCCCACGCUUCAAGCAGCACAGCAACACGACAUGCCUCUCGCUCCCCACGCUUCAAGCAGCACAGCAACACGACAUGCCUCUCGCUCCCCACGCUUCAAGCAGCACAGCAACACGACAUGCCUCUCGCUCCCCACGCUUCAAGCAGCACAGCAACACGACAUGCCUCUCGCUCCCCACGCUUCAAGCAGCACAGCAACACGACAUGCCUCUCGCUCCCCACGCUUCAAGCAGCACAGCAACACGACAUGCCUCUCGCUCCCCACGCUUCAAGCAGCACAGCAACACGACAUGCCUCUCGCUCCCCACGCUUCAAGCAGCACAGCAACACGACAUGCCUCUCGCUCCCCACGCUUCAAGCAGCACAGCAACACGACAUGCCUCUCGCUCCCCACGCUUCAAGCAGCACAGCAACACGACAUGCCUCUCGCUCCCCACGCUUCAAGCAGCACAGCAACACGACAUGCCUCUCGCUCCCCACGCUUCAAGCAGCACAGCAACACGACAUGCCUCUCGCUCCCCACGCUUCAAGCAGCACAGCAACACGACAUGCCUCUCGCUCCCCACGCUUCAAGCAGCACAGCAACACGACAUGCCUCUCGCUCCCCACGCUUCAAGCAGCACAGCAACACGACAUGCCUCUCGCUCCCCACGCUUCAAGCAGCACAGCAACACGACAUGCCUCUCGCUCCCCACGCUUCAAGCAGCACAGCAACACGACAUGCCUCUCGCUCCCCACGCUUCAAGCAGCACAGCAACACGACAUGCCUCUCGCUCCCCACGCUUCAAGCAGCACAGCAACACGACAUGCCUCUCGCUCCCCACGCUUCAAGCAGCACAGCAACACGACAUGCCUCUCGCUCCCCACGCUUCAAGCAGCACAGCAACACGACAUGCCUCUCGCUCCCCACGCUUCAAGCAGCACAGCAACACGACAUGCCUCUCGCUCCCCACGCUUCAAGCAGCACAGCAACACGACAUGCCUCUCGCUCCCCACGCUUCAAGCAGCACAGCAACACGACAUGCCUCUCGCUCCCCACGCUUCAAGCAGCACAGCAACACGACAUGCCUCUCGCUCCCCACGCUUCAAGCAGCACAGCAACACGACAUGCCUCUCGCUCCCCACGCUUCAAGCAGCACAGCAACACGACAUGCCUCUCGCUCCCCACGCUUCAAGCAGCACAGCAACACGACAUGCCUCUCGCUCCCCACGCUUCAAGCAGCACAGCAACACGACAUGCCUCUCGCUCCCCACGCUUCAAGCAGCACAGCAACACGACAUGCCUCUCGCUCCCCACGCUUCAAGCAGCACAGCAACACGACAUGCCUCUCGCUCCCCACGCUUCAAGCAGCACAGCAACACGACAUGCCUCUCGCUCCCCACGCUUCAAGCAGCACAGCAACACGACAUGCCUCUCGCUCCCCACGCUUCAAGCAGCACAGCAACACGACAUGCCUCUCGCUCCCCACGCUUCAAGCAGCACAGCAACACGACAUGCCUCUCGCUCCCCACGCUUCAAGCAGCACAGCAACACGACAUGCCUCUCGCUCCCCACGCUUCAAGCAGCACAGCAACACGACAUGCCUCUCGCUCCCCACGCUUCAAGCAGCACAGCAACACGACAUGCCUCUCGCUCCCCACGCUUCAAGCAGCACAGCAACACGACAUGCCUCUCGCUCCCCACGCUUCAAGCAGCACAGCAACACGACAUGCCUCUCGCUCCCCACGCUUCAAGCAGCACAGCAACACGACAUGCCUCUCGCUCCCCACGCUUCAAGCAGCACAGCAACACGACAUGCCUCUCGCUCCCCACGCUUCAAGCAGCACAGCAACACGACAUGCCUCUCGCUCCCCACGCUUCAAGCAGCACAGCAACACGACAUGCCUCUCGCUCCCCACGCUUCAAGCAGCACAGCAACACGACAUGCCUCUCGCUCCCCACGCUUCAAGCAGCACAGCAACACGACAUGCCUCUCGCUCCCCACGCUUCAAGCAGCACAGCAACACGACAUGCCUCUCGCUCCCCACGCUUCAAGCAGCACAGCAACACGACAUGCCUCUCGCUCCCCACGCUUCAAGCAGCACAGCAACACGACAUGCCUCUCGCUCCCCACGCUUCAAGCAGCACAGCAACACGACAUGCCUCUCGCUCCCCACGCUUCAAGCAGCACAGCAACACGACAUGCCUCUCGCUCCCCACGCUUCAAGCAGCACAGCAACACGACAUGCCUCUCGCUCCCCACGCUUCAAGCAGCACAGCAACACGACAUGCCUCUCGCUCCCCACGCUUCAAGCAGCACAGCAACACGACAUGCCUCUCGCUCCCCACGCUUCAAGCAGCACAGCAACACGACAUGCCUCUCGCUCCCCACGCUUCAAGCAGCACAGCAACACGACAUGCCUCUCGCUCCCCACGCUUCAAGCAGCACAGCAACACGACAUGCCUCUCGCUCCCCACGCUUCAAGCAGCACAGCAACACGACAUGCCUCUCGCUCCCCACGCUUCAAGCAGCACAGCAACACGACAUGCCUCUCGCUCCCCACGCUUCAAGCAGCACAGCAACACGACAUGCCUCUCGCUCCCCACGCUUCAAGCAGCACAGCAACACGACAUGCCUCUCGCUCCCCACGCUUCAAGCAGCACAGCAACACGACAUGCCUCUCGCUCCCCACGCUUCAAGCAGCACAGCAACACGACAUGCCUCUCGCUCCCCACGCUUCAAGCAGCACAGCAACACGACAUGCCUCUCGCUCCCCACGCUUCAAGCAGCACAGCAACACGACAUGCCUCUCGCUCCCCACGCUUCAAGCAGCACAGCAACACGACAUGCCUCUCGCUCCCCACGCUUCAAGCAGCACAGCAACACGACAUGCCUCUCGCUCCCCACGCUUCAAGCAGCACAGCAACACGACAUGCCUCUCGCUCCCCACGCUUCAAGCAGCACAGCAACACGACAUGCCUCUCGCUCCCCACGCUUCAAGCAGCACAGCAACACGACAUGCCUCUCGCUCCCCACGCUUCAAGCAGCACAGCAACACGACAUGCCUCUCGCUCCCCACGCUUCAAGCAGCACAGCAACACGACAUGCCUCUCGCUCCCCACGCUUCAAGCAGCACAGCAACACGACAUGCCUCUCGCUCCCCACGCUUCAAGCAGCACAGCAACACGACAUGCCUCUCGCUCCCCACGCUUCAAGCAGCACAGCAACACGACAUGCCUCUCGCUCCCCACGCUUCAAGCAGCACAGCAACACGACAUGCCUCUCGCUCCCCACGCUUCAAGCAGCACAGCAACACGACAUGCCUCUCGCUCCCCACGCUUCAAGCAGCACAGCAACACGACAUGCCUCUCGCUCCCCACGCUUCAAGCAGCACAGCAACACGACAUGCCUCUCGCUCCCCACGCUUCAAGCAGCACAGCAACACGACAUGCCUCUCGCUCCCCACGCUUCAAGCAGCACAGCAACACGACAUGCCUCUCGCUCCCCACGCUUCAAGCAGCACAGCAACACGACAUGCCUCUCGCUCCCCACGCUUCAAGCAGCACAGCAACACGACAUGCCUCUCGCUCCCCACGCUUCAAGCAGCACAGCAACACGACAUGCCUCUCGCUCCCCACGCUUCAAGCAGCACAGCAACACGACAUGCCUCUCGCUCCCCACGCUUCAAGCAGCACAGCAACACGACAUGCCUCUCGCUCCCCACGCUUCAAGCAGCACAGCAACACGACAUGCCUCUCGCUCCCCACGCUUCAAGCAGCACAGCAACACGACAUGCCUCUCGCUCCCCACGCUUCAAGCAGCACAGCAACACGACAUGCCUCUCGCUCCCCACGCUUCAAGCAGCACAGCAACACGACAUGCCUCUCGCUCCCCACGCUUCAAGCAGCACAGCAACACGACAUGCCUCUCGCUCCCCACGCUUCAAGCAGCACAGCAACACGACAUGCCUCUCGCUCCCCACGCUUCAAGCAGCACAGCAACACGACAUGCCUCUCGCUCCCCACGCUUCAAGCAGCACAGCAACACGACAUGCCUCUCGCUCCCCACGCUUCAAGCAGCACAGCAACACGACAUGCCUCUCGCUCCCCACGCUUCAAGCAGCACAGCAACACGACAUGCCUCUCGCUCCCCACGCUUCAAGCAGCACAGCAACACGACAUGCCUCUCGCUCCCCACGCUUCAAGCAGCACAGCAACACGACAUGCCUCUCGCUCCCCACGCUUCAAGCAGCACAGCAACACGACAUGCCUCUCGCUCCCCACGCUUCAAGCAGCACAGCAACACGACAUGCCUCUCGCUCCCCACGCUUCAAGCAGCACAGCAACACGACAUGCCUCUCGCUCCCCACGCUUCAAGCAGCACAGCAACACGACAUGCCUCUCGCUCCCCACGCUUCAAGCAGCACAGCAACACGACAUGCCUCUCGCUCCCCACGCUUCAAGCAGCACAGCAACACGACAUGCCUCUCGCUCCCCACGCUUCAAGCAGCACAGCAACACGACAUGCCUCUCGCUCCCCACGCUUCAAGCAGCACAGCAACACGACAUGCCUCUCGCUCCCCACGCUUCAAGCAGCACAGCAACACGACAUGCCUCUCGCUCCCCACGCUUCAAGCAGCACAGCAACACGACAUGCCUCUCGCUCCCCACGCUUCAAGCAGCACAGCAACACGACAUGCCUCUCGCUCCCCACGCUUCAAGCAGCACAGCAACACGACAUGCCUCUCGCUCCCCACGCUUCAAGCAGCACAGCAACACGACAUGCCUCUCGCUCCCCACGCUUCAAGCAGCACAGCAACACGACAUGCCUCUCGCUCCCCACGCUUCAAGCAGCACAGCAACACGACAUGCCUCUCGCUCCCCACGCUUCAAGCAGCACAGCAACACGACAUGCCUCUCGCUCCCCACGCUUCAAGCAGCACAGCAACACGACAUGCCUCUCGCUCCCCACGCUUCAAGCAGCACAGCAACACGACAUGCCUCUCGCUCCCCACGCUUCAAGCAGCACAGCAACACGACAUGCCUCUCGCUCCCCACGCUUCAAGCAGCACAGCAACACGACAUGCCUCUCGCUCCCCACGCUUCAAGCAGCACAGCAACACGACAUGCCUCUCGCUCCCCACGCUUCAAGCAGCACAGCAACACGACAUGCCUCUCGCUCCCCACGCUUCAAGCAGCACAGCAACACGACAUGCCUCUCGCUCCCCACGCUUCAAGCAGCACAGCAACACGACAUGCCUCUCGCUCCCCACGCUUCAAGCAGCACAGCAACACGACAUGCCUCUCGCUCCCCACGCUUCAAGCAGCACAGCAACACGACAUGCCUCUCGCUCCCCACGCUUCAAGCAGCACAGCAACACGACAUGCCUCUCGCUCCCCACGCUUCAAGCAGCACAGCAACACGACAUGCCUCUCGCUCCCCACGCUUCAAGCAGCACAGCAACACGACAUGCCUCUCGCUCCCCACGCUUCAAGCAGCACAGCAACACGACAUGCCUCUCGCUCCCCACGCUUCAAGCAGCACAGCAACACGACAUGCCUCUCGCUCCCCACGCUUCAAGCAGCACAGCAACACGACAUGCCUCUCGCUCCCCACGCUUCAAGCAGCACAGCAACACGACAUGCCUCUCGCUCCCCACGCUUCAAGCAGCACAGCAACACGACAUGCCUCUCGCUCCCCACGCUUCAAGCAGCACAGCAACACGACAUGCCUCUCGCUCCCCACGCUUCAAGCAGCACAGCAACACGACAUGCCUCUCGCUCCCCACGCUUCAAGCAGCACAGCAACCGCAUGCCUGCCUCUCGCUCCCCACGCUUCAAGCAGCACAGCAACACGACAUGCCUCUCGCUCCCCACGCUUCAAGCAGCACAGCAACACGACAUGCCUCUCGCUCCCCACGCUUCAAGCAGCACAGCAACACGACAUGCCUCUCGCUCCCCACGCUUCAAGCAGCACAGCAACACGACAUGCCUCUCGCUCCCCACGCUUCAAGCAGCACAGCAACACGACAUGCCUCUCGCUCCCCACGCUUCAAGCAGCACAGCAACACGACAUGCCUCUCGCUCCCCACGCUUCAAGCAGCACAGCAACACGACAUGCCUCUCGCUCCCCACGCUUCAAGCAGCACAGCAACACGACAUGCCUCUCGCUCCCCACGCUUCAAGCAGCACAGCAACACGACAUGCCUCUCGCUCCCCACGCUUCAAGCAGCACAGCAACACGACAUGCCUCUCGCUCCCCACGCUUCAAGCAGCACAGCAACACGACAUGCCUCUCGCUCCCCACGCUUCAAGCAGCACAGCAACACGACAUGCCUCUCGCUCCCCACGCUUCAAGCAGCACAGCAACACGCCUGCCUCUCGCUCCCCACGCUUCAAGCAGCACAGCAACACGACAUGCCUCUCGCUCCCCACGCUUCAAGCAGCACAGCAACACGACAUGCCUCUCGCUCCCCACGCUUCAAGCAGCACAGCAACACGACAUGCCUCUCGCUCCCCACGCUUCAAGCAGCACAGCAACACGACAUGCCUCUCGCUCCCCACGCUUCAAGCAGCACAGCAACACGACAUGCCUCUCGCUCCCCACGCUUCAAGCAGCACAGCAACACGACAUGCCUCUCGCUCCCCACGCUUCAAGCAGCACAGCAACACGACAUGCCUCUCGCUCCCCACGCUUCAAGCAGCACAGCAACACGACAUGCCUCUCGCUCCCCACGCUUCAAGCAGCACAGCAACACGACAUGCCUCUCGCUCCCCACGCUUCAAGCAGCACAGCAGCACACGCCAUGCCUCUCGCUCCCCACGCUUCAAGCAGCACAGCAACACGACAUGCCUCUCGCUCCCCACGCUUCAAGCAGCACAGCAACACGACAUGCCUCUCGCUCCCCACGCUUCAAGCAGCACAGCAACACGACAUGCCUCUCGCUCCCCACGCUUCAAGCAGCACAGCAACACGACAUGCCUCUCGCUCCCCACGCUUCAAGCAGCACAGCAACACGACAUGCCUCUCGCUCCCCACGCUUCAAGCAGCACAGCAACACGACAUGCCUCUCGCUCCCCACGCUUCAAGCAGCACAGCAACACGACAUGCCUCUCGCUCCCCACGCUUCAAGCAGCACAGCAACACGACAUGCCUCUCGCUCCCCACGCUUCAAGCAGCACAGCAACACGACAUGCCUCUCGCUCCCCACGCUUCAAGCAGCACAGCAACACGACAUGCCUCUCGCUCCCCACGCUUCAAGCAGCACAGCAACACGACAUGCCUCUCGCUCCCCACGCUUCAAGCAGCACAGCAACACGACAUGCCUCUCGCUCCCCACGCUUCAAGCAGCACAGCAACACGACAUGCCUCUCGCUCCCCACGCUUCAAGCAGCACAGCAACACGACAUGCCUCUCGCUCCCCACGCUUCAAGCAGCACAGCAACACGACAUGCCUCUCGCUCCCCACGCUUCAAGCAGCACAGCAACACGACAUGCCUCUCGCUCCCCACGCUUCAAGCAGCACAGCAACACGACAUGCCUCUCGCUCCCCACGCUUCAAGCAGCACAGCAACACGACAUGCCUCUCGCUCCCCACGCUUCAAGCAGCACAGCAACACGACAUGCCUCUCGCUCCCCACGCUUCAAGCAGCACAGCAACACGACAUGCCUCUCGCUCCCCACGCUUCAAGCAGCACAGCAACACGACAUGCCUCUCGCUCCCCACGCUUCAAGCAGCACAGCAACACGACAUGCCUCUCGCUCCCCACGCUUCAAGCAGCACAGCAACACGACAUGCCUCUCGCUCCCCACGCUUCAAGCAGCACAGCAACACGACAUGCCUCUCGCUCCCCACGCUUCAAGCAGCACAGCAACACGACAUGCCUCUCGCUCCCCACGCUUCAAGCAGCACAGCAACACGACAUGCCUCUCGCUCCCCACGCUUCAAGCAGCACAGCAACACGACAUGCCUCUCGCUCCCCACGCUUCAAGCAGCACAGCAACACGACAUGCCUCUCGCUCCCCACGCUUCAAGCAGCACAGCAACACGACAUGCCUCUCGCUCCCCACGCUUCAAGCAGCACAGCAACACGACAUGCCUCUCGCUCCCCACGCUUCAAGCAGCACAGCAACACGACAUGCCUCUCGCUCCCCACGCUUCAAGCAGCACAGCAACACGACAUGCCUCUCGCUCCCCACGCUUCAAGCAGCACAGCAACACGACAUGCCUCUCGCUCCCCACGCUUCAAGCAGCACAGCAACACGACAUGCCUCUCGCUCCCCACGCUUCAAGCAGCACAGCAACACGACAUGCCUCUCGCUCCCCACGCUUCAAGCAGCACAGCAACACGACAUGCCUCUCGCUCCCCACGCUUCAAGCAGCACAGCAACACGACAUGCCUCUCGCUCCCCACGCUUCAAGCAGCACAGCAACACGACAUGCCUCUCGCUCCCCACGCUUCAAGCAGCACAGCAACACGACAUGCCUCUCGCUCCCCACGCUUCAAGCAGCACAGCAACACGACAUGCCUCUCGCUCCCCACGCUUCAAGCAGCACAGCAACACGACAUGCCUCUCGCUCCCCACGCUUCAAGCAGCACAGCAACACGACAUGCCUCUCGCUCCCCACGCUUCAAGCAGCACAGCAACACGACAUGCCUCUCGCUCCCCACGCUUCAAGCAGCACAGCAACACGACAUGCCUCUCGCUCCCCACGCUUCAAGCAGCACAGCAACACGACAUGCCUCUCGCUCCCCACGCUUCAAGCAGCACAGCAACACGACAUGCCUCUCGCUCCCCACGCUUCAAGCAGCACAGCAACACGACAUGCCUCUCGCUCCCCACGCUUCAAGCAGCACAGCAACACGACAUGCCUCUCGCUCCCCACGCUUCAAGCAGCACAGCAACACGACAUGCCUCUCGCUCCCCACGCUUCAAGCAGCACAGCAACACGACAUGCCUCUCGCUCCCCACGCUUCAAGCAGCACAGCAACACGACAUGCCUCUCGCUCCCCACGCUUCAAGCAGCACAGCAACACGACAUGCCUCUCGCUCCCCACGCUUCAAGCAGCACAGCAACACGACAUGCCUCUCGCUCCCCACGCUUCAAGCAGCACAGCAACACGACAUGCCUCUCGCUCCCCACGCUUCAAGCAGCACAGCAACACGACAUGCCUCUCGCUCCCCACGCUUCAAGCAGCACAGCAACACGACAUGCCUCUCGCUCCCCACGCUUCAAGCAGCACAGCAACACGACAUGCCUCUCGCUCCCCACGCUUCAAGCAGCACAGCAACACGACAUGCCUCUCGCUCCCCACGCUUCAAGCAGCACAGCAACACGACAUGCCUCUCGCUCCCCACGCUUCAAGCAGCACAGCAACACGACAUGCCUCUCGCUCCCCACGCUUCAAGCAGCACAGCAACACGACAUGCCUCUCGCUCCCCACGCUUCAAGCAGCACAGCAACACGACAUGCCUCUCGCUCCCCACGCUUCAAGCAGCACAGCAACACGACAUGCCUCUCGCUCCCCACGCUUCAAGCAGCACAGCAACACGACAUGCCUCUCGCUCCCCACGCUUCAAGCAGCACAGCAACACGACAUGCCUCUCGCUCCCCACGCUUCAAGCAGCACAGCAACACGACAUGCCUCUCGCUCCCCACGCUUCAAGCAGCACAGCAACACGACAUGCCUCUCGCUCCCCACGCUUCAAGCAGCACAGCAACACGACAUGCCUCUCGCUCCCCACGCUUCAAGCAGCACAGCAACACGACAUGCCUCUCGCUCCCCACGCUUCAAGCAGCACAGCAACACGACAUGCCUCUCGCUCCCCACGCUUCAAGCAGCACAGCAACACGACAUGCCUCUCGCUCCCCACGCUUCAAGCAGCACAGCAACACGACAUGCCUCUCGCUCCCCACGCUUCAAGCAGCACAGCAACACGACAUGCCUCUCGCUCCCCACGCUUCAAGCAGCACAGCAACACGACAUGCCUCUCGCUCCCCACGCUUCAAGCAGCACAGCAACACGACAUGCCUCUCGCUCCCCACGCUUCAAGCAGCACAGCAACACGACAUGCCUCUCGCUCCCCACGCUUCAAGCAGCACAGCAACACGACAUGCCUCUCGCUCCCCACGCUUCAAGCAGCACAGCAACACGACAUGCCUCUCGCUCCCCACGCUUCAAGCAGCACAGCAACACGACAUGCCUCUCGCUCCCCACGCUUCAAGCAGCACAGCAACACGACAUGCCUCUCGCUCCCCACGCUUCAAGCAGCACAGCAACACGACAUGCCUCUCGCUCCCCACGCUUCAAGCAGCACAGCAACACGACAUGCCUCUCGCUCCCCACGCUUCAAGCAGCACAGCAACACGACAUGCCUCUCGCUCCCCACGCUUCAAGCAGCACAGCAACACGACAUGCUCUCACUCCCCACGCGUUCCCGCGACUCGCUACCGCCGGGGCGAGAAGCGCGC